AUGGCAGACACAGGUAAAGGAAGCUCAGGUGCUAGUUGCAACGAUCGCUGUGGUUGCCCUGCUCCGUGUCCUGGUGGCGAAUCCUGCAGGUGUAUGAUGAGGAGUGAAGCAUCUGGUGGGGAUCAAGUACAGGAGAUGUGCCCGUGUGGGGAGCAGUGCAGCUGCAACCCUUGCACCUGCACCAAGACUCGGACCUCCGCCAAGGCGAAAUCUUCGUGCACCUGUGGUGAGGGCUGCACUUGUGCCACUUGCGCCGCUUAG